GCACUCACUGUAUUUCAAACAUGCAUGCAUGAAUGGUGCAGCAUCAUUAUUUUAGAACGUAUGUAAUUUCAGUUCUGUCUUUGCAGAUCUUGUAUGAAGAGUGGGCGAGUUACAGCAUAUUCUACAAGUACCAGCCCAUCGGACUGAUCAGGAAGUAUUUUGGUGAGAAAGUGGGCCUGUACUUUGCUUGGCUGGGUGUGUAUACUCAGAUGCUAAUCCCAGCAGCGGUUGUGGGCGUUAUCGUGUUCCUGUACGGCUGUGCCACUGUGGACGACAAUAUCCCCAGCAUGGAGAUCUGCGACGAGAGAAACAACAUCACCAUGUGCCCAAUGUGUGACCGAGCCUGCAGCUACUGGAAACUGGUCACGGCUUGCGGCACGGCCAGGGCCAGCCACCUGUUCGACAAUGCGGCCACCGUCUUCUUCGCCAUCUUUAUGGCACUAUGGGCCACCAUGUUUAUGGAGCACUGGAAGAGAAGGCAAAUGAGGCUAAAUUACAUCUGGGACAUGACCGGCUUUGAAGACGCAGAGGGGAAACAAAAGAGUCAUCCUAGAGCAGAGUAUGAGUUCCGCGUCAUGAAGAAGUCCUUGAAGAAAGAGCAAUCUCCAAAGUCAGGAAAUGUGAAGCUGACAUGCACAGACAGAAUGCCAGCUUACAUGACCAUUAUCGUCAUGAUGAUUUUUUUGAUCUUUGUGACCUUGGCCAUCGUGUUUGGUGUGGUGCUAUACAGGGUCUCCAUCAUGACUGCCCUGCACAUGAGUUCCACUCCCACCUUCCGCUCUAAUAUACGGGCCACCGUUAAAACCACUGGGGCUGUCAUCAACCUUAUUAUCAUCAUCAUCAUGGAUGAGGUCUAUGGAGCAAUUGCACGUUGGCUCACUAUUAUGGAGGUGCCAAAAACUGACAAAAGUUUUGAGGAGAGGCUGAUCUUCAAGACAUUCAUACUGAAGUUUGCAAAUGCAUUUACUCCUAUUGUGUACCUGGCAUUCUUCAGAGGCAGACUCAUUGGACGCCCAGGCAAAUAUAUCUACGUUAUGGGGUCUUACCGGAUGGAAGAGUGCGCCCAUGCUGGCUGUCUGAUGGAAUUGUGCAUUCAGCUCUGCAUCACCAUGCUCGGCAAACAGCUCAUCCAGAAUAACCUGUUUGAGAUUGGCAUUCCGAAACUGAAGAAACUGCUCCGACAACGCAAGAUAGACAAAAAGCAUCAGGAAGAGCUGAACAAAACGCUUCAUCGUCACGAGAAGGACCACUUCCUUGGGCCCUUUGUCGGACUCAACCCAGAGUACAUGGAAAUGAUCAUUCAGUUUGGGAUGGUGACCUUGUUUGUGGCCUCCUUUCCGCUGGCUCCCCUCUUUGCUCUACUGAACAACGUCAUCGAGAUCCGACUUGAUGCCAAAAAGUUUGUCACGGAACUGAGAAGACCGAUUGCUGUAAGAGCAAAAGACAUUGGAAUCUGGUACACUCUUCUCAGAGGACUCAGUAAAGUGGCUGUCAUUGUUAAUGCGUUUGUGAUCUCAUUCACCUCUGACUUCAUCCCACGCCUGGUCUAUCAGUACAUGUACAGUCCAGACGGGACUCUUCAUGGCUUUGUCAAUCACACCCUCUCAUACUUCAAUGUUAGUCAGUUCCAGCCUGGCACUGAACCCUUGGAGCCUCUGCACCUGGGAUACCGCGUGGACGUCUGCAGAUAUAAAGAUUACAGGGACCCUCCAUGGUCUGACACGCCAUACGAGUUCUCCAGAGAAUUCUGGGCCAUUCUGGCGGCCCGAUUCGCUUUCGUCAUCGUCUUUCAGAAUGUGGUAAUGCUGAUGAGCGACUUUGUGGAUUGGCUAAUCCCAGACAUUCCCAAGGACAUUAGCGUUCAGAUACACAAGGAGAGGAACCUGAUCGUUGAGUUGUUCAUGAAGGAGGAGCAGGGCAAGAAGUACAGGAACACCAUGAGCGACCCGAGCCCGCAGCCGCUCCGCUCGCGCCCCAGCUCUCAAGCUUAGAGCGGCGCUGCUCCAUUAUAACUCUGUGACCGGGUGAAGCAGAAUGGAAAGCCUGUCGAGGACCACUGCUGCAAGGAUCAGCGUCGCUACAAAGAAUGUCACAUGACUGCCACCUCAUUUGCAUACCAUUUUCCUUUUGUUUGUUAAUGAUCUUUUUCUAUCAGCUUCAUCUAACGUCUGCAGGUAGGUUUUUUUGGAAAGAGGGUUUGUAUCGUUUUAUCUGUUGACUGAUGAAUAUUGUAUGUAGUUUUGUGACACAUUGCUGCUUCAGAUAAUGAUCAUUUUUAUUUGAAAAUAUGAUGCUUUUAUAGGACUUUUAACAUGAAAAUGUAACAUGUUUAUGUU